AGUAAAUUUCGCAGUGUUAAAUAUGCGGUGUCACAAUUCAUUGACUCUUUCAGAGCUAAUACAACAACAGAUUGAGUAUAAUGCCACCUAGUGUCGGUGCAAAUUUACAGAGUGUAUACAGGUCGUGUCAAUUUAACUCUAACAAGCUCCGCCCACCUCCUCCUCUCAAACCAACAAGUCUAACCGUUGCGUGGACGCCAUUUUUCUCCUGCUUGAAAGACUUCGGAACCAUGUUGAUUAAAACAAGACUUGGCGAGCUGCAAAAAUUUGUCCGACUAACAGAGCCGAAUCUGAAGGAGUUUUUGAUAGCAGCAUUCACAAAAUUUGGCGUGCCAGCUAUAACAGAGGGCGUGAAGGUUGUUGACAGUUCUGGAACCGAGUUGGAUGAAGAUGUAUUUGAGGAUGUUGUUAAGGAUCCCUCUGCUGGAGUCCUAACCAUCAAAUAUGAAACCGAAUUUGUUUCCAUGGUGGAAUCGCCUGAGGAAUCUCAACCAAGCUCAUCUGAUUCUCAAGAGACACUCAUUCUUUCAGAGAGUCCUUCCGCUAAACGCCAGCGCCUGGACACAGAAGCUAAGCAUGUAAGAAUGGACUUGCGCAAAACAAAAAAGGAGCAUCUUCCGAAGAAGCAUCGUGUGAACAUGGGCUUGGAGGACCAGCUGCUAGACGGGAGACCCAGUUUGUUCCAGAGACUGUCCUGA